AUGAGCAGAGAAUUAUCGCGCCAUCUGGUCGCGGUUGCGAUCGUGCUGACGCUGUGCUGCGAAAGUGUCUCGCGGGCGUUACAAGACUCCGCGACUGAGGCCGAUGCUGGCCACCACUACCAGCAGCAGCAGCAUCAGCGAAAGCACCACCACCACCAAAGGCAUCGGGCGCAGUCCGACCGCAGGAACCAGACGUCCUUAGGCCACUCGGCCAGCUACGCGCUAAUAAGUGGUCCUGCGAGCGUUAAUCGCGGAAACGAUUACGGCGUACGAUCGCUGAUCGAGCCUCACUUUCAUCACCACCAUCAGCAGCAGCCGCAACGGCCCGGGCAUGGGAGCCGUCAGGAUACUCCGCCCCAGCAUCGACGCCAUUCACGGGGCGGACAGCAUCACCAUCAGCCGGCCGGCGGAACGAUCCCGAACGGAUGGGGUAGGACGCUGGUGCAAGAGUCGGAAACGAAGCGGUCCCCCACGGGGGGAAGCGCAUCGUCUCGUCCCGUGAACCGAAUGCUCACGCGAAGCGUCAUCAGUUCGGGCGGAAGUCGUGGGUUGAACAGCACGAGCAAAAACGUGUGUACCGUUUACGUGUACCGCAAGUCGCUGGUCAAGACGCCCUUCCAACCCUGCACCGAUCUGGCAUCCUGUUCCGGCAUGCGCAUCUACAGCUACCCGAUGGCAAAGCGGGAAGUUUGUUGCCGCGGCUGGGAAUCGGCGACUACCGUUUCGGAAGGAUGCUUCAAGCCCGUUUGCCAAACGAAUUGUCGUAAUGGCGGCCAGUGCACGGCACCGGAUCGCUGCUCGUGCCCGAAAGGUUUCACCGGUGCACUCUGCGAGCUGGACGUAAACGAGUGUAAGGAGCAUAAACCGUGCGAUCAGACCUGCUACAAUACCGAAGGUUCGUUCUACUGCGCGUGCCGCGAAGGGUUUAUGCUGCACAGCGAUCGCCAAAGUUGCCGCAAGAUCGACGAAACGAACGACAUCGCCACGGAGGCACGCGAUAUGGAAAACGACGUAGAUUACGACAGUCUCGACACGCGGUUAACGAAACUCGAACAGAUGAUUUCCCGCGAGGAAAGGAGAUCGUUCGGUGAGAAACAGGAGCUCAACAAGAAGGUCCAGUACGCGAUGGAUGCCGUGUCGGUGCUAAAGUCGCAGGUGGCACGACUGACGCAACGGAUUUAUCCCUCGACGGAGUACGGAAAGCGGCCUCGGUGAGGACGGCUCCGGCUAACCAGCCAUCCACCGGCGUGCUAUGUUUUAGAAUGAAAGUCUUACAUUUAUUGUCCUUAAAAUGCUACAACUCUAUCGGGAUGCCUGUGUUCGUAU